AUGGCUUAUGAACCUCCAUCAAGUGCCUUAGCAUUCUUGAAUGCUGCCGGUCACCAACUUCGUCGUUCUAUCGGCUCAGUCGAUCUCUGGUGGACAUGCGAAGGUCCCCAAGCGGGUGAACCCCUGCUACUAAUCCACGGUCUUGGUUACCCAAGUGACAUGUGGUACCGUCAAAUCCCGACGCUAAACGAAGCUGGUUACCGUACAAUUCGGUUUGAUAAUCGUGGUGUGGGUCGAACGGGUUUUGAUCAAAGAGGAGGAAUGUACUCGAUUGAAAUUAUGAGUGAUGAUGCAGCAGCUGUUAUUGAAGCGGCGGGGUACGGUGAAAAGGGAGUUAAUGUGAUGGGAGCAUCACUGGGAGGGCUGAUUGCACAAGAUUUAACGUUAAGAUAUCCAAAGUUGGUUAAAACACUAAUUUUAGCUUGUACACAUCCAGGUGGUAAACACAUUGCACCAUUUAGCCAACAAGCCAAAGACCUCCUUUCAAAACGCAAAAACCUCUCAUCUGUCGCAUCAGCUGAAUUAUCUGUUCCUCUGAUUUAUCAUCUGCCGACCACCUCUCGUCAUCUGAUAGAUGAAGACAUCGCUGUUCGCUUGGUUCGCCCCACUUCGGCUGAAGGUUAUACCGCUCAGUUACAAGCAUCUAUUGCAUAUGAAGGAACUUAUGAAAAAUUAGAACAGAUUAAAGUACCCGUACUGUUGAUAGUGGGAAAACAGGAUGGUCUGCUCAAUCCGGAAAAUACGGAUGUCAUAGCUGGACAGUUAAUGGGGAAUGCAAAGUCGGUCGAGGUCGUAAAACUGGAAAAUUCAAGUCAUCUUUUUUCAACAGAUCAAACAAAAAUUUGUAAUGAGAUGAUUAUCAAAUUUUUAAAUCAAUAUAAAUAA